AUGGAAAUAACUGCAAUAGAGACUCCUCACACAAAGCCAGAAUUAAGCUUGUAUGUUUAUUAUCUAGCAUUUAUGGCAGUAAUUAGCGGUUUCCUAUUUGGUUAUGAUACCGGUAUUGUUUCUUGUGCAAUGCUUUUCAUACCGAGAAAUCCCGGAAUGGUGCCAAUGAAUAAUUUCUGGCAGGAAUUGAUCGUUAGUUUAACACCAGGUGCUGCAGUUAUAGGUCCCUUAUUUGCUGCACCAAUUUCUGAUAAAUUUGGUAGACGAACAGUUAUUAUAUUUUCAAGUUUGAUAUUUACUGCUGGGGCGAUUGUGUGUGCCGUUGCAACAACGAAGAUAAUUUUGCUAAUUGGAAGGAUUCUGCUGGGUACAGCAAUUGGAUUUUCAUCAAUGAUAGUGCCGAUAUACGUAAGUGAAGCAUCACCUUAUCACCUGCGCGGAAGUUUAACUACUGCUUUUCAGCUAAUGAUUACUUUUGGUUUAUUCGCUGCUGACGUAUUAGCUGGAGUAUUCUCAUAUUGGGAACCAGAAAACAUUGGUUGGAGGUUAAUGGUUGGAUGUGCGAUGAUUCCCUCAAUUAUGCAGUUUGUUGGCUUCAUUUUUUUACCAGAAAGCCCACGUUAUCUGUAUUUUUCUGGGAAGUACGAUAAAACUGAAAAGAUACUGAACAAAAUCUACAGAAAUAAUCAAGAAUGGGUAAAAUCCGUACUAUCAAAUCUCAACAUUGCUAAUGAACGAGAAAAAAAAAUAAAGGAUGAAAUAAAAAAUCAGUCAGUACUACUUCGUAUCUUCACUACACCUCACGUCCUGAAAGCACUUUUUAUCGGAUGUACAAUACAAGCUUUUCAGCAGUUAUCCGGAGUAAACUCCAUCAUGUAUUAUACAGCAACAAUUGUGAAAAACGCGGGUAUCAAAGAUUUACAUCAAUCAAUAUGGAUCGCAUCAGCCAUAGCCGCUGUGAACUUUUUGGUUACAUUCAUUCCAAUGGCUACAGUGGAGAAAUACGGACGUCGGCGGUUGAUGCUAAUUUCUAUCUUUUGUGUUAUUAUGUCACUUACAAUGCUCGGGAUCUCAUUUUUGCUAAUUCAUCAAGAAUCGCUACAAAGCACUCCAUAUACUCUUUCAGAGAUGUAUUCUGGAGCUAAAACCGAUGUUAUCCUAAGUGGAUAUAAUCGGUGUCAUCACCUGCAUUGGUGUUUGCCAUUGACAUUGGAAAACCCUGAUGUAUCCAUUUUUGGUUAUUGCAGUGUAAAUCAUAAUGAAACAUACUUUUUUAAUAACAGUUAUUGCAAGACCAGAUUUUAUUUGCUGCCAAUCAUUUUCAUGUUCACUUUCAUGAUUUCGUUCGCUAUCGGUUAUGCACCCCUUUGCUGGGUGCUAAACAGUGAAUUUUAUCCAGCAUGGGCUAGAAGUACUGCUUGUGCUUUAUCCACUUCCAUAAACUGGACUUUCAAUUUGAUCGUUUCGCUAACUUUUUUGACACUUAAUGAAACUGCUACAAGAUUUGGAGCAUUCUUUGUCUAUGAUGGAUUCUCAGUGCUAGCACUUUGCUUCGUUUUUUUCUUCGUACCAGAAACCAAAGGUAUAACGAUGGAAGAAGUAGAAAAAUUAUUCAUACCUAAAAAGGAACGAAAGCAAUAUAUUGCUAAUAAAGACUAG